AUGUCGAAACCCGAAGAGCCCUUAAAUGAGGUGAGUUUGAACACGCCAGCGAAGAAGCAAGCCAUAUAUCCUGCGAGCUUGCUCACGAAACAGUCAUUUAGCAGACAUGGUGGCGAGAAUGUGUUCCGAUAUGAGGUGAAACGAAGCUAUGUCUCGAGUAAGUAUAUCGACCAUCAUUACGGAUUUAUUUCUGAAAAUCUGAAAAGAAAGAAACCUAUUAAGAGCCAAAUAGACCUUUUGCAUCAGUCGUUCAGUGAGCUAUAUCGAAUAUUUAUCCAGGUUCAUAUGUGGGAGGACUUACGCCUCCUAACCAAGCGACAUUUGAUGGUCAUAGUUGGUUUACUUAAUGAAAAUGAUGUCAAUGGCGCGACUAGUGAGAUACUUCAUCUUUACAACGCAACCAAUAACCAAGCUGUAAAGGAUCUACAUGGGAUACUGCUGGCAGAUUUCAUCUACCCUAACGAAUGCUAUUUAACAAGCCUUAAAUUGCUGGCGUUGCAGGCGAUCUUAAGGGCAAAGAGUGCGCAUGAACAUGCAGAUUCCAUCCUGAAAUUGUUCGCUUUGGAUAAACGAUAUCUCUUGAGGGAUGCUAAUGUCAAGAUUCACAUGGUGAUUCAACUCCUGCUCAAUUUCUUCAUGUUAUUACCAAGUGGCAAAGCGAUGCUUGGUUUGAAAUUCUUACAAUAUGUCAAACAGUACAAACUGGAAUUUGAGGGUUACAUCAAGAACAUGGACGACUUGACAUUUCAGGAUCAAUUGAAGUACUAUGCCCGAGAAAUGACUGAUGACGCCAGGAUAUACUUGGCUUGUUUUUAUGAUGAUUAUUCAAAGUAUUGUUCGACUCCACAAAAGAUCAUGCUCACCGAUUUUGUUCAAAAGUCGCUUAAGGAGCACGCAUCACUGCCAGAUUUGAUACAACAGUCAAAUGUAACAGGGAGCCGAUCUUGCUUUAUGAAUUAUAGUUCAAAGCGAUUGGUUCAAGUGACUUCAAGCAUUCUAAAGUCUGAGGACUGCCCCAUUUCAACCGCCGUGAGCUUAUUGAAGCAAUCAUGGGAAGUUAUCAGAUUCAAUGGUGGUAACGAAACCAAUGGCAAAAGGAUUUUAUUUGACAAAACAUUGUCAUUUCUUAAUUCCAAAAUAAGCGUGUUGACGGAGAAUCAGAUGGCCAUUCGCGAUCUGCUAGAAUUGAUGGCUGAAUACUGUAUUGACGAUAACCAGUUCAAAAGGAUGUCGAAUCUCGUUAAUGUUCUCUUCAACUCGUUCGUUGUUCUCAAAAAUAUGGAAUUCUUGAAAUUAGCGGCCCAUCUUGAAUCCCGAAGAUACAUGCUAGAAAGAGAAAGCGGUCUCCUACGACCCAUAAUUGAGAAAUUUGAAAGAUUCAUCUCAAAAGCGACGAGCCGGGAAGCAAAAUUGCAAAUAUUUGGAUACUUAUUCAACCUUCAGAUGGCUGGCAGAACUUUGGGAAAGCUCCAGAGCUUUUGUCAGCUUGUUUACCUGCGAUGUUUUCAGAAGCUGCAGCUAACGAAAUACAUUGAGUUUCGGAAUUGCUCGGAAGUUAUGCUAGCUUUCUUCUACGGAGUUUCUCCGGUCAAAGAGAUUAACAUAGAAGGAUGGUGUCCCAUAACGCAAAUGUUGUACUCAUGCAUUUCCGGUAAAUUCUGUCUUGGAACGAUAGAUGUCAAUCCAGAAACCAAUAAAUGGCAUUUUUUACACAAGUAUGAGGUCUUGAUAAAAGCUGCAUACUGUUUCAAUAUUGAAAUGAGCAAACACAGCACCUUCAACCUCGCUUCAAUAACAAGCAAUUACAUGAAUAAAUGGGUGAUGCGGAAGUCACCUUCAGCUUCAGAAAAAGUUGCAGCUUUUGAAAUCGACUUCCUAAGGAUUUUGUUGAUUUAUCUCCAAUUUAACAAUUUUGACAAGUGCACCAUAGACCUUAUCCAAUGCCUCCGCUCAAGGAGCUCAACUUAUGAGCCUUUCCUGCUGGAAUCAGAAGGCUUCCUCCUCUCGGCAUAUAUCAAUCUUCAAAUGCUUGAUAAAAUUGCAACGAUGAGGGACAAAAUUUACAAUACCCCAUUUGAUUUGCAAAAUGAAAAGCUAGAAACCGUCCUGAAUGUUUUGCGGAUGAAGUUACAGCUUAUGGCUUGGGAAAAUGACCAUAGAUUAUUUGAGAAGGUUUUCAUCCAAGAAGCGCCGAAGCUUAGAGAGGAAGUCUUUGACCUUGAUAACGCCACGAAGAAAACGUCGUCUCAAUAUAUUAAAGUCAUCCUGUUCAACAUCGACGUUCUCAUAACAGCUUCAGCCCUACAACUGGCUAAAAACAACAUGGUGCGGGCGGCCACUGAGAGUAAGAAGGCUCUCAAACUGUCUGUUUCUCUGCUUAGGAAACUAGACAACCUGUCCGAGAAAACAAGAUUAAACGUGGUUAGCUAUCUCACUUGCUCAUAUCUCUCGCUGCUGAACCUUUACAUUCAUCUAGGCGUUGCUCGUGAUUGCGAGUUCUAUGUCAAUGAGCUGUCAACUUUGUUAUGCGAUCUAAAUGAACCAACUAUCGUUUUCAAAUGCUUACAAUUUUUGUAUGAGUACUAUCAACUUACUGGUCAAACAGAACUCGCUGCGACCGCUCUCGGGAAGUGCAACAAUGCAUUCGAUUACAUUGACGGGGAAUCCAAUAUUUUAGCAUUAACAUCUUUCUUCUUUAUCAAUAAUGAAAAUGAGAAGUUGUUGGAUUCACUUGGGCUAUUUUUUAAAGAAGGCAUCGACGAAACCUUUCUUCCUUAUUACUGGCGUCUCAAGAUGGGAAUUCCAGUCGAGGAAUGGACCAAACAAAGUAAAUAUAAAGCAAGCUACGAAGUCAAUAAACUGGAUAUGCUUUAUCGACGUGUAUUGAAGCAAUUAGAAAGUGAGCCCUUCUUUCGGAGCAUGUUCGAGUCCCUGGUAAUCAUACCCUCCUGCCAUUUACCUGCCGAGCAAUCUUCGAAGAAACAGCUUGCGUUCCCUGGCAAGAAAGCGCUCAUAUUGGAAGUAAUGGCAUCUCCCAGACCUUCGACCAUGACUCCUAGAGGAAAACAUAUGAGGCAAAAGUUUGAUAGAGCGGUUGCAAUCGAUAACUUGAAGGCAUUGAAAGAUUCGGUGGAAGAGCUCCAGCUGUCUUCGCUCAAGAACCAUGAAUUAUCAAGGGUUGCUUCUUUUUAUUCUUUGGCCUUGUCUCUCCUUUCGAAUUUGAGCAUUACUACGUCAUUAGUGGAUAAUUUGCUAGAUGAGUUUGCUCUUUCAGAGUUGCCCAAAUGCAUGCCCCUAUAUUACGAUAAAGCACUGGCAGCUAUUGGUAAUGACAUUUAUGAGAGCUUUUGCCUGUUACCUUUAUCAUCGAUGGAUGACCCUGUCGCUAUACAACGAGAGAAGUCGUUAGCAGCUCAGAAACGCAUUUGUCAGAAUCCUAUUCCCUUCAAUGUAAUUUCAAUCGAUUAUUGUUCCGUUACUGGAAGUCUCCUCAUCUCAAAGAUUGAAACGUUCAAUGAUCGCAAGGUUCAUCUACGAAUGCCGCUUAAUAGGGCCCAUGCGCGCGAUCUUGAUUCUAAAAUGCUAUCUUUUGAGCAGGCUAGAAGAGAGCUAUCAGAUAUAAUCGGGGAGAGUAACGCCAGCACGUCUAUUGAAGUCACUAGCUCUAUUAACUCAAGGGAACAAAGGAAAGAAUGGUGGCAAACUCGCUAUGAACUUGACAGAAGAUUGCAUGAGCUACUAAAGAAUAUCGAAGAUUGCUGGUUCAAUGGGAUGAAGGGCUUUUUCGGUACAGAGAUUGUCGAUUCUGAGCUGUUGCAGGACUUCAAAAACGAGGUCAACGACAUUUUGCACCAAAACCUGCCCAGUCGAAAACAGAUUGGUAACCGUGACAUGUUCUUACAAUUAGAUGACUGGAUUGUGGAGCUGGUUCUGAGAUUGAGUCCUCAAUGCCCAGAUUUCAUGCCAAUGAUGGAGGAUUUGAUCUAUAUCAUUCUCGACAUCUUGCUAUAUCACGGGGAAGAAAAUGCAUAUGAUGAAAUAGAUAUCGAUACUAUCCAUGUCCAGCUGGAAGAAAUUGUGAGGAAAUUCCGGCCUCGAUUGCUGUCGAUGAAAAAGCUAUCACAUACAUUUUUGGUUGUGAGCAGUUCAUGUCAUUCGUUUCCCUGGGAAUGCUUAUCCUUCCUUAAGCCACUUUCAAUCACAAGAGUUCCGUCGAUCAGUAUUUUGGACGAUUUAUUAAAGAAAUGUAAUGAUGGAAUCUCACCAAAGGUCCCGUCGCAGAACAAGAUAUCCAUGAUUUUAAACCCUCACGGUGAUUUGAGCAAGACUGAAUCUCGUUUUUCUAACUUGUUCAAAGAGAUUGUAAAGGAAAGGCCAAAUUCAACUUUGUUGAUAAACCAGAAGCCAGACGAGAAAACGUUUCUGGAGAUGGCAACUUCUUCCAAUCUCUUCAUUUACCUAGGUCAUGGUGGUGGUGAGCAAUAUGCUCGGGUCAAAGAGAUUAAGAAGUUUGAUCAUAUUGCUCCGACAUUCCUCCUGGGAUGUUCUUCCGCCUCAAUGAAAGCGUUCGGUAAGUUAGAGCCAACAGGAACGGUUUAUUCUUAUUUAUUGGGAGGCUGCCCAUUGGUCCUUGGAAAUCUUUGGGACGUUACGGACAAGGACAUCGAUAAAUUUAGCGAAAGCGUUUUCCAGAAGAUCGGACUCAGCUGCGAUGCCAGCAUCAACUCGAGCCAAGAACACACGAUCUCGACAGCCGUUUCAAAAUCAAGAGACGUUUGUCAUUUGAAGUAUUUGAAUGGCGCAGCACCCGUCGUCUAUGGUCUACCCAUGCGGUUUAGAUAA